AUGGAAUCCUUUACGCUGGCUAUUCCGCCCCUCUCCCGGGCACAUUCAGAGGUUCUGCCAGCCUACCCGACGCCCUCGUCCUCCUUUGGCCACCCUGCUGUACGAGCCCAUGACGGCCAGCUCUCCAUCGACGUUCCACGACUCUGGACUGGUCUCUGGCAGCUUUCUUCACCAGCUUGGGGCACAGCGCCCGCCGCCCGCAUCCGUCGUGAGAUGCGCAAGCACGUUGACCGUGGAUUUGUGGCCUUUGACAUGGUCAGUACACCCAUCGAGUCGCACUCUAUCAAACUGACGAAACCCAUCGAUCUCAACGGCAACUUUCGCUCAUCGCUCCCACACGACCUCGGAGAACAUGUUGUCGGUGCGACAAAAUGGUGCAUUUUCAAAGCUCCACAAGAGCCCCUCACCCGCGACUAUGUCCUCGAUGCCGUCCGCGAGCGAGCAAAGCGCAUGCGCGUCGACGCCGCCACAAAGUCCAAAGACUGUGCACGCGUCGAUUUCUUGCAGGCGAGUAGACUUUUCGGUUUUCCUCUUUGUUCUUCCGGCAAUCAUCUUUUUCGGCGUUUUAUUCAUUUCCCUCCUCUUACCGCUAUUCCCAAAACUAACUGGUUCCAUUUACAGUUUCAUUGGCAGGAUUAUGCUGACAAGCGCUACCUCCACGCCCUUCACAUUCUCGCAUCUCUCCGACACCCGGCCACUCAGCUUGCCUACCCUGCUUCCACUUUGCACACCUCGUCUGCAAAGCGUCUCACCACCACCACCAUCACCACUACCACCAGCCCGACCACGUUGACCACCUCGUCUUCUGGCUCGCCCUCGUCCGUCUCCACCCUCACCAGCAGUCUCCGCGCCGCCUCGUCUCUCCACCAUGAAAAAAAGGAAAAAGAAGGAGGAUUGACGAUUACGACAAAGAUUGACUGCUACCCGUCCCCCUCGAGCUCCUACGACUCGUCCCCCUCGAGCUCGUUUGGCGGUGCCCCUUCCCCCGCCAAGCUUGCCCUACUCGAACAUGAAGCAGCCGAAAAACUCGUUGUACAUCAGCAGCAACAGCAACAGUUGCAGCAAAUCGAGGAUGGCGUGCGUAUCGGUGGUAUUGGUCUCGUUAAUUUUGACUCGAUCCGGGUCGACGAAAUCUGCGCGUCCCUCGGUCCAGGCGUGAUUCUCACCAACCAGGUCCAGUUUUCGUUGAUCGACGUUCGUCCGCUGUAUGGCAUGGCAGAUGUCUGCAAACGCCACGGCCUCAAAUUGCUCACCUAUGGAACUCUUUGUGGUGGAUUCUUGUCGGACAAAUGGCUCGAUGCGCCCGAACCGAACCGCUAUUUUGACGAACCUACACUGCGGGACCCGCUCACGCCGUCUCAGAAAAAGUAUCUGGACAUUAUCCUGUCUGCAUGGGGCACCUGGUCCCUCUUCCAACGCCUAUUGCACGUCUUGCGUACGAUUGCAGACCGAAGAAGCACGGGCGACGCACGUCGUGUCAGCAUCGCAAACGUUGCCACGCGCUGGGUGCUCGAUCACGACGAGUUUGUGGGUGCGGUCAUUAUUGGUGCACGACUUGGUGUGAGCGACAACACGGAGGAUAACCUUGCGGUCGCUGGGUGGCGGUUAAACGACGAGGAGAGGGCCAUGAUCGCCGACGUUCUCAACGAGAGCCGUGGGCGCGAGCUCAUCUCGACGAUUGGGGAUUGUGGUGCAGAGUAUCGGUAG